GUGCCAACUUAUAAAAAGUAUUUUAACAUUUAACAGUUGGUAGCUCUAAACCCUCACCUUACAUUAGAGACACCACAAUGACAUAUGUGCGAUAAGUGUCAACCGGAGCAUAAGUAAAAACUUUAGUUUGUUGUUUUUAAAAUUUUCAAGAAAUGCCGGAUAAACAAUCAAAAUUAAUUGAGCGCGAUGACGGCGUUGAGCUGGAAACACAAGUUGUGUUACGAAUGCCAAUGGAACCGGCCCAAAUAUUGCGUGAAACAUUGCGUGAAGGUGGACCGAACUUAAAGGAUCGUUUGAAAGUAAAAUUGGAACAUGAUUUGCGAUACGGUGAAGUUCGAUUCGAUCAUUGGUUAAUGUAUACAAAAUUGGUGGAUUUACCAACAGUUACCGAAUCACUCAAAACGAUUGAUAGUAAAAAUUUCUACAAAACUGCCGAUGUUUGUCAAAUGUUAAUCUGCAAGUAUGAACAUUAUGACAAAGAUGCACCAACAACCGACGAUGAAUCGCCAGCAAAAAAUAAGAAAAAAGAUUCAAAUAAAGUUGAUAAGAAGUUUUUGUGGCCCCACGGAGUGACGCCACCGUGUAAAAAUGUACGCAAACGUCGUUUUCGUAAAACAUUGCGAAAGAAAUGUGCCGAAGCGCCGGAAAUUGAAAAAGAAGUAAAACGAUUGUUACGCGCCGACAAUGAAGCCGUUCAGGUAAAAUGGGACAUUGUACUGGAGGAAGAAGAUCCAAACAAACAAAAUAUGAUGUUGGGCAAUGAUGAAAAUACACAAUCAACUGUGGCCAUGGAUGGUGCCAGCACAUCGGAACUGGAUAAACACUUAAAAACAGACACAGAAAAAACAAUCGAAGACAGUUUGGAUGUUAUUCCACGUGAUAUUGAUAUUUUUGGCGAAGAUUUAUCAUCGUCAGACGAUGAGGAUAAUAAUAUAAAUGUUGAUGUUGAUGAAACGACGCGAUUGUCCGCCGACGAUAGUCGAUCAAAUUUCUCCAGUUCGAUGCCGAGCAGUUCAAUGGCCACUGAAUUCAAUAAGCAAAUGUUUAAUCGCAGUCCGUCACGAUUGCGUCAAACAAGCGAUAGCAUGGAUCUACCAAACUCACCGUCUGCUACAACCAGUCGCCAAUACUUUGACGAUCACACUGAAACCGAUGACAAUGAAUUCAAUAUUCCACAAAUGAGCCAAAAUGAAAUACAAAGCAAAAUUUCUGACUUACGUCGUCAAUUGGACGAUUUACGAGAUCAACGUAUUGCCAAAGAACAAGAAAUUUCUUCAAUUGAAAAUGAAACGUUGCGCGCACGGAUGCAGGACGCACUUGAUAAUAUUCUGGGCCAAAUUUUAGACAAAGAGAUGGAGCUACAAGAGUAUCAGUCUUAUUAAUGCAAAAAUAUCUAUAAAGUUGGAGUAUUUUUUUUACAAACACAUAAAUACAUGUAUUUUAUAAAUCCAAUGAGGACAAUAUGGAUCGUUGCGGCGAAAAAGUAGCUCUUAUUUUUCUCCAAAUAAUACUGCAACAUGAAGUUUUUUUCA